ACGCCUGCUGCUCUACCGUGACCUUUCGACUCAAAUAUUUCGUUAAUCGAUAGUCAAAAAUUUAAUACAAUUACUUAAAAAACUUAAUGAUAUUUUGUUGUCUUAAUACUGAAAAAUAUGUGAAGCAAUUGUAAAGACGCUGUUUAUUUUGUGAAUAAAAGUUUCGUGCGCAAACUUUUGACUUUACCGCUUUUGUAAUUGACUAUAUUUAUUUUUUGUGCUUUUAUUAUUUCCAAAAAGUGUUUUUGAAACUAUUCGAUGUUUAAGCUAAACAAAAUUGUAUGUUAUGGAAUUGCAAAGCAGGAUGUCAAAUGAGGUACCUCGAAGCGCCGACGUAAUAAAAUGAACGAGUGUGUGGCGAACUAUCAAUAUAAACGUACUUGAAAUGUUUAACUGAUAAUAACGAAGAUUAAAGUUAAACAAAGUGCUAUAUGCGACGUCGGAGGUAUCGAAUAUCAGGUGGCAUGGAGGUGAUUCUGUCAACAGGGAGCCGCAUUUUCGUGGCCUUUAUCGCUACCGCCUUCUGGGGUAUGGGAGUUCGAGGUCUUCACAAUUUGGAGAUAAACGUACCAAGCGCUGUUUUAAUCGGAGAGACAGUAACCCUGGAAUGUACAUGGCAGUUAGAAGAUGAAGAAACGCUGUAUAGUGUAAAGUGGUACCGAGGAAGAGAAGAAUUCUAUCGAUACAUACCAAAGGAAUUACCUCAUACAAGAGUUUUUCCGUUACCGGGAAUUGAAGUCGAUAUAUCGCGGUCAGGAGCAAGGCGGGUAGUCCUGCAAGAGGCGACACCGGCGAUGGCGGGUCGUUUCCGUUGCGAAGUGUCGGCGGACGCUCCCACGUUCCAUACGGAAAUACGCUCCGCACCGCUAGAUGUAGUUGAGUCUCCGGAGUGGGGUCCAAAGCUAGUAUCGGAUCGGUCGUGGUACGGGGUAGGAUCGACACUACGAGCCACAUGUGCGUCACCACCCGCACACCCUUCAGCGAAUCUUACAUUUGCACUCAAUGGCCUAGAAAUCGACAUGGACUCAUUUGUGCACGAGUUACCGGACUGGUUCAAAUGGGAUCCUCCAUCGAAAUCAGAAACGACAACGACUGAGCAGCCCGAUGACGAUAUCAAUUUCAACAUAUUUCACGAUGAAAGUAAUAUUCAGUAUUUGGAUGAGUCUUACAUAAGUCUUCAUAAAGAGGAAAUCAGACGGCCCCAAAAAGAGGAUAAGAAGAUCGUAUUUGAAAGAUCGGGGCCUGACAAUAGAUUGCCGUCAGUAGGUGAAGUUUUAUUUGUCGUUCGCAACGAGGCAUUCAUACGAGGUAGUCUGAGAUUGACCUGCAUAGCAAGUAUAUACAACCUGUAUGCGGCACGCGCCGAACUAAUUUUCGAUAUGGAGCAGCCAGAAGUUGCUUCGGUGUUGGGCGUCCGUAAUAGUGCUAUAGGUUCAAAUGGCGUUUGGCGAUUUUCAACUUUUAUACCAUUACUUUUGUAUAAAAUUCGGUAGUUAUAUAAAAUUUAUUUUGGUUUAAGCCUAAAGCUAUAUAAUAACGUAAAUAAUUCAUUUUCAACAUUCACAUUGUACAAAAUCAUGUAACAUAUCGCUAGGUAAUUGUAAGACAUUGUUGUCAUAAGUUUUCAUUAAAAGAAAUGUAAAUAAUAAGCUAGUUUUAGGUCUAAAUGGCCAAAAUAAAUACAAUACACUGAAAGAUAAAUUAGGAAACGACCUAUUUAUGUAACAAGUAGGUGCCUAAGUAAAAUGUGAUUUACAAUUUAUAUAUUAAUUUUAUUAUUCAAUCUACGAUUGUCUCUUUAUCUUUAUAAGCUAAGUUAAAUUUUAGAAAAUAUAAAUUAAAUCUUUAAUUAUCGUUUGUUUAAUUAUAGCAAAAUCUAAUAAAUGGGUUUACCUAUCUUAGCCACGUAACCUUGUCAAAGACUGAUUACUUAUUUAUAAAUUUAAAUCUUUCGAGAGUUUUAAGUU